AUGUGGCCUCUCGCUUCUCUGAUCGCACCUUUAUGCUGCCAAUCAAAUAUCUCAAGCCAAUCGGAUGCUUUUGUCCUUCUGAAUCGCGCCCCAUACAGUCGCCGGCAGUUAGUGCUACCAUCCAACAUGUCGGCUGCGUCCGUGUUCCCCAUGUGUGCGCGAGCAAGCCGGGGCCUCUUGCGGCUCAGGAGUGGGACUGUGGCCGCCUCCUCCCCGGCGGUGGUAGAAAGCGUCAGGACACUGUCUACGGAGCAGCCGCCAACCCAGGCAGGCAGUGUUACGGGCGGACUGGCUCAGGCGAUCCUCCAGGAGAGACUCCAGCAGCAGAGUCAGGUGAGGCAGCUAGCUCUUAUGUGCGCUCGAUUUCAUAAGCUAAUCAGCGUCCCCGGUAGCUCGCGCGUUCUGCUGUAAAAACUCCGCCCGCUUGAGGUGUCCUUGUGAAACAAAUCGGACCCACUCCCGUGACAUUUCUAGCUUCAGGUUGGGCUGACAGCUAAAAUACUAAAUCGUUUACUGACACUUAAAGAGCGGUUGCCAUUUGUAUAUGUGUGUCAAAUGUGAGCUUCAUACAAGUGGAAUGUCUGCCCUAGGCUGCCGUAGUUUCUUCUGCAGUAUCCUGAAUGAAUGAACCUGAGAUUAAGGUGGCUAAUAUGCUAGCAGGCUAAUGUUAGCAUGUGUGUGUUACUGUUACCAGGAGGUUGACUGUCUCUCUCUAACGCCCCAAACACACUUUAUCUUAGCAACCUUUCCCCAGAUUUAUCGGUUUAUUUCCGACGAAGAAGAAGGUCAAUGUGACAGCUAACAUACAGUUGUGUGUUAGCUGUCAUAUGUGUAUGUAACAUACAGUCACACACACAUUGCUUCUGUUGAAACCUGCUGUCUCCUCUCUGUAAUGUUGAGGCUCCUGACUCUAUCACACCGAGCUGACGGUGUGCGACAAAACCUCCGGUCUUAUCUGUGUGAGUCUACAGCCAAGGUUUGUUUGGUUUGAAGGUCAGAAAAGACCCCCGCCCCUUCUGCUCUCAGUAAACCCCCCAAAGUCUAAACUGGAGCAAACUGACAGCUGCCGAACCUGUUUGAAGGUAAAUUACUGUUACUUCAUCACAGACUAGUGUUAGACAGGAAACAGCAAAAACACUAGCUUUUGUAUUUUUGUUGACACGAGCAAAUUAACCAUAUUUUUGGAGAUUUAUUCCCAGAAUCUGUUUGGCUUGAAAUGUCCAGAAGUGCUAUACCGAUGUUAACUCUGUGAACUGUUGUCUGAUAGUACUGUGUAGCCUAUGUAUGAUUUUAGAAAUAUCACUGUAGAAAGGAAUCUCUCAAUACACCAUUGUUUAGAGGCUCAGGAUGUUUUCCACUCAUUCUGUUACAGCUGCUCAAUUAAGGCAAAAAUAAUAAUCCUAAUUAGAGGUGGACUGAUCAGUGUUUUUCAGAGGCCAAAUUAAACAACUCAAUCAGCCAAAGUAGGUGAGGCAACACACAAAUUCAUAAUCUAUACAAAUAAAUUACAACUUAUCUAUACAGCAUCAUUUGUUUCUACAAAUGUACAUAAAUAUGAUUUAUCAUCAACACUUACCAGUUGCUUUAUUUCCUGCAUUGCCAAACUAUGCUGCAAGACCAACUUGGAGCUGUGUGUCUGAAAAUCUGGGAAAGAGUUGGCUUCAGUUUAUGGUUUACGCCCAUCCUAACUCACCCAGAGAGGUUAUCUGAAGCAUAGGCUUUACAUGGAGACAGCUCCAAUACACAGUCUCAGAGAACUUUUAUCAUGGGAAGAAAAUUAAAUCUAAUUAGAAAGAGGAUUUAUGAAGGUCAGCAGAGGAUUGUCUGGAGGCCUUGAAGGAAGCAGCUUCAUAGCUGAUUUUGGUUCCCUCUUUUACAUGGCGGUCUACAUCUCAUUUCUGCGAUGUUGUCAGACACUGGAAAAAACAAUCUGAGCCUGUGAGGGACAAAAACCAGAACCUCCCAAAGUGACUUUUUUAAAAGUCGUUAAAUUCUGAGUAGCAGACUAGGUGGAUAAGGAAAUGGUCAGGAAGCAGUCAGAACUGAGCACAACACACAACAUGGCUAAACACUGGUUCACAGAGUCUGCAGGUGGUUCACUAAUUGUGGCCACCAUUAGCAGAACUCGAACCAUCUGCCCUCAGACUCCUUGCAGGUUAACGGACUUCCCCUCCUUUUCUGACGGACUGUGCUAGUCAUCUUGUUUACAUUCAGGUGGUGGAGCAUAGUAGCAAUACUCAAGUUGUAGGCCCUCCAAGUAGCAGGUGGCUGUACUACAAAUUACAGUGCAUCCGGAAAGUAUUCAUACCACUUCACUUUUUCCACAUUUUGUUAUGUUACAGCCUUAUUCCAAAAUGGAUUAAAUUCCUUUUUUCUCUCAAAAAUUCUACACAAAAUACCCCAUAAUGACAAAGUGAAAAACUUUUUUUAGAACAUUUUGCAAAUUAAUUAAAAAUAAGAACACUCAAAUGUUGCAUAUACAUAAGUAUUCACACCCUUUACUCAAUACUUGGUCGAAGCACCUUUGGCAGCGAUUACAGCCUCCAGUCUUCUUGUGUAUGAUGCAACUAGCUUGGCACACCUGGAUUUGGGGAGUUUUUCUCCAUUCUUCCUUGCACAUCCUCUCAAGCUCAGUGAGGUUGGAUGGGCAGCAUCAGUGCACAGCUUCUUUCAGGUCUUUUCAAAGAUGUUCAAUCGGGUUCAAGUCUGGGCUCUGGCUGGGCCACUCAAGGACAUUCAGAGACCUGUCCUGAAGCCACUCCUUUGUCUUCUUGGCCGUGUGCUUAGGGUCAUUGUCACGCUGGAAGAUGAAGCGCCGCCCCAGUCGAAGGUCUCGAGCGCUCUGGAGCAGGUUUUCAUCAAGGAUCUGGAUGUACUUAGCUGCAUUCAUUUUUCCCUUGACCCUGACAAGUCUCCCAGUUCCUGCCGCUGAAAAACAUCCCCACAGCAUGAUGCUGCCACCACCAUGCUUCACUGUAGGGAUGGUAUUGGCGAGGUGGUGAGCGGUGCCUGGUUUCCUCCAGAUAUGAUGCUUGGCAUUCAGGCCAAAGAGUUCGAUCUUUGUUUCAUCAGACCAGAGAAUUCUGUUUCUCCUGGUCUGUGAGUCCUUCAGGUGCCUUCUAGCAAAGUCCAAGCGGGCUGUCAUGUGCUUUUUACUGAGGAGUGGCUUCUGUCUGGCCACUUUGCCAUAAAUGCCUGACUGGUGGAGUGCUGCAGAGAUGGUGGUUCUUCUAUAGGGUUCUCCCAUCUCCUCAGAGGAACGCUGGAGCUCUGUCAGAGUGACCAUCGGGUUCUUGGUCACCUCCCUGACCAAGGCCCUUCUCCCCCGCUUGCUCAUUUCGGCUGGGCGGCCAGCUCUAGGAAGAGUCCUGGUGGUUCCAAACGUCUUCCAUUUCUUAAUGAUGGAGACCACUGUGCUUUUUGGGAUCUUCAAUGCAGCAGAUAUUUUUCUGUAACCUUCCCCAGAUCUGUGCGCCGAUACAACCCUGUUUCGGAGGUCUACAGACAAUUCUUUCGACUUCAUGGCUUGGUUUGUGCUCUGACGUGCUCUGUCAGCUGUGGGAUCUUAUAUAGACAGGUGUGGCUUUCCAAAUCAUGUCCAAUCAGCUGAAUUUGCCACAGGUGGACUGCAAUCAAGUUGGAGAAACAUUUCAAGGCUGACCAGUGAAAACAGGAUGCACCUGAGCUCAAUUUUGAGUUUUAUAGCAAAAGGUGUGAAUACUUAUGUAUAUGCAACAUUUGAGUAUCUUAUUUUUAAUUCAUUUGCAAAAUGUUCUAAAAAAAGUUUUUCGCUUCGUCAUUAUGGGGUAUUUUGUGUAGAAUUUUUAAGGGAAAAAGGGAAUUUAAACCAUUUUGGAAUAAGGCUGUAACAUAACAAAAUGUGGAAAAAGUGAAGUGGUAUAAAUACUUUAUGGAUGCACUGUAGACACAAUAUAUGAACAGCCUUUCAGGCCUUGAAUAAUGAGAAUAUUGAUGAUUUGUUGAUCCGACUCAUACUAAAGAAACAACACUUACAGGUUUAGUCAACCAACGCAUCAGUGGUCAUGAGCAAUGACAGUAAUAGUCUGUUCUGACUGAAACUGACUUCACUUUAUAUCCACCAGGUCAAGCUCGUCACCCAUCAUUACAGUAAGAUGCUGUUGUUUUACAGAUGUUAAUAGCAGAGACAUGUCUGUCAUUGUUUGGUGCAGGGUCAGCCUCCUCCUGAGGGGGGUGAUGGAGAGAAGGAGAAAGAACAGACAGAUGACAAGAAGCAGAAGGAGAACACGGCCUACGCCAAGAAGAUGGUGCUUCGGCUAGCGGGGAUCAUGGGACUUGGCGGGGCGGUCGGCAUGGUCUACAUAUUUGGUGAGUGUGGGAACCCUGAGGAAACCACAGGGAACUUUUUCCAUAAUUGGUUUAUGUUAAUGUUCUUUUUAAAAUGUCAGCAUCUUAAGUUUGGCCAUUACUCUACACUUUAUCACUCCUAUGGUGUUUUUAGUUGUCCAACUUUUACAACCCACAAUGAAAGUUUUGUAACCAAACCUGGGUAUUAUUGACGAUAACCUUCCAAUUAAGUUUUAAAUUGAUGCCAGAAGGGGAAACAGUCAGUGCAGUGCUCUGUCUUUACUGUCUGAGUCUGUGUUGAAGUCUUCAGCUGUCUAAAUGGGAUUUUAAAACAGCUUAACCCCCCAUCCUCUUUAUCAGUUUACAUCAGUGUGAUUGGUUUAUCACCUUCAGCUGCCUGUUCCUGUCCUGUAGGGAUGCCCCCCCUGAGGGGCGGAGCUAUCUGCUGUCAGUCAGAAGUGUCAGCUGGUCUUCAGAGAGGAGUCAGACUGGGAGCAAUAGAGAGGUUAGUUUGUCAGGUGGGAAGAACAUGUCUGUGGUCAGCCGGUGAAAAUCAAAUCAGCUGAGACGAAUGAAAGGAGAAGUUUUAGAUUUGAGUCUGAACUUUUUGUGAGGCUGAACAGAAAAUACUGAAGAUCUUUGGAGUUUCACUUUAGCUGUCAGAUCAGGAGAGGUCAGACCCCGCAGAUCCAGCAGAGCCUGAGUGGUUCAUGUUGUCAACUUUUCAUCCCCUGAUUUAUCUGCGAUCCUGAAGUUUAAACUUUUAACCUGGAACAAAGCUGCGUUUGGAUUUCCUUCUUUUAUCAGUGCAGCCCUCAGCACAAUUAGUUCAUUUCCUGCUUGGUUUGCUGCUGCACUGUUUGGAUCAGGAUACCGCACUAAUUUGGAGGAUUUGGAUGCCUGCUUAUUAUUCCUAGAGAUUCACCUGAUUUUACUUUUUCUCAUUUUUCUUCCUUUUUUCUUUGUUGUGGAAUUAUCUUGUUAAAUUACCAAAGUGGAAUAUGCAUUUGUGUUUUGGAUUAUGAGCGUGGAUUCAACCAGUGGAGAUAUUCUUCAUUAAAUCCUGACAGCUGCUGCAUACCCUGGUCUCUCCUUGUGCUUUGACUGCAGAUAGGUUUGUGAAGUACUUUGUUUUGCUUUGUUCUUGAAGGAUUUGAUGCCUUUGCUGAUAAAAUUUACAGGUGUUUGUAUCGAGGAACCGAAAUGCUGAGUUUUGAAAUUUAGUGAUGUCUUUUCUUUUUCUUUGCAGUCUGUUAAAGGGGUGAAAAAACUGCAGGAGUGCAUGUGUUGUUGACUUGCAUGUCAAACUUUUUGGGUAUGAUUAGUAUAAAUUUUCUUGUGUUGUGACAAUUUGUGUAUUAUGAGGGUGUAGUCUGUUGAGAUUUUGUUGUUGUAACAUCAGAAAAAUACUAAAAAUGACUUUCAGAAGUUCUCUGUGUCCUCGCUUAAGUCUUGUAGUGUCCUGUUUUUCCAGAUGCUAAUGUUCCAGUCAUUUCAGUAAAUCCCACAUUUUUGAAGCUGAAAACAGGUUGUGGAUCAAGAACUGUUUCCAACUUCUCUGGUUCCUCAAAAUUUGACUCUGUCCAGCUCGUUUUUACUUUAUCGAUGCUGGCUUUCUGGUUUCCUUAAACAGUCAGCUCUGUCUAAUGUGACUGCUGUGCAACCUGCAGUAAAAGACAUGCAGCGAAGUCUGAGAUAGAAACACAGCAAAGAAAUGUCUCAUAUAAGGAAGAGUGACAAUUACAGUGUAGAUUAUCUGUAUUAGAAUCAGGUUCUGAGCCCAGUAGUAGUUGUACGUUUGAGGAAUUUGUCUGUUUUGCCACAAAAACAAUGAAGGUCAAUAGAAAUAAAAAAAAACCAUAUUCAACAAAUCAAAUGCUUUUCAACAGCAAUACUAUGACUGUCAAGCAACCUUAAGUUGAAGUCAAAAAUAUUAAAAAGCGAUUUCAAAAUUAAACAGAUCUAAAUAGAUUUUGUACAAAAUCAGUAAAAGAGAGCUGCACAUUUUUACAGGAUGGUUUAAGAGCAAAAUCUACAAAUCAGACAGUGUAGUGUCUGCAAAAUCAUCUUUUAAUUCAAGCAUUUAACUCUUACACCGUGCUGGAACUUGAGCUUGUGUUCCAGGAGUUUCAUGCACUUGAUUCGCCAUGUUUCUCUUUCGGACAAAGUAGCACAUCUGCCGGUGAGCCCUUAGCACAGCUGAGUGACAUGCAUGCCUUUCUCUGCCUAUUUCUGAACUUUAGUUCAGAUGUGAUCCAUCAGUUCAGGCAGGUGCCAGAAAUGUUGUUUUUUGUGUUCUGUGCUGCAGAGACGUGUUAAUUUUGAUUGAUGAUGACGUUACUUUUAGAUCUCUCUUGUGUAAUAAAGUUUAAAGCAGUGGAAUCAUUUAGACUUUUAUAUGAUGCACGGUCCGCUGUUAAAGCUGCAAAUAUUGAGCUUUAUUUUUGUGCAGUUUUCUAAGAGUCUGCUGCAGUCUGUAUUUUCACUGUGAGGUAAAUCCAGAGACCUGUGAUAGCUGCUAAUUUGUUGUUUUUCCUUCUUUUUCAGGCACUAACUCUGUGGACGAACAGGGAAACCCGGUGAGUUUGAUUGUCACACACUCCCAAUAAUCCCCCCAGGUGUGAGUCUGCACACAUGAUAAACAGACGCCGUCAACUUUAAUGUGACUGUCUUUGAAAGUUUGUGUCCGCACAUUUACUCGUCUGUUCUCGUGUGUGUCGAGCAGUCUGGUCCGAGGCAGCGGCACACUUCAGCACUCUGCUGUGAGUUUCUCUGUCUUUGAAGUGUGGUGCUGCUCUGCUCACCUCACAGGUAGGAGAUCCUCUUCCUGUUGUAAAGGCCUCACAUCACAGGCGGCCAUGACGUGUGUCCGUCUGUCUGAGGUGUGAGCUUGGGAGAGGAAGGAGCACACUUAUCUCACCUUUAGCGUCCCCUUUGGGAUACUGUUGUUGUGUUAAAGAGAAGGCAGCACACUUCACAGGUAGAUGUGAUGUCAAAUUCUCACCUGAGGAACAUCAAAGAGGUGGAUUUUCCCAUCCCCUUACUCUGACGACCCUCAUACUUGGUGUAGGAGUUUUAAAAGUCAAAUAAAGUCAUUAUAUAAGAAGAAACAAAAUCAUUAUGUUCUGAAAACUAAGUGGUUGAUUUAGUCUGUGAUUAGAAGCAUGAUGCUGUUUAAAAGAGGGGAUCCCACCUGUCUCAGCUAACUGCUUAGUCUGUUCAGAGUCCAGAUCCUUAUAACAAUGUGGAUCUGAGGAGACAAGUUACAAUGUCAUUUAGCAGAUACUUUUAUCCAAAGCGAUGUACAUAUGAAUCAGACACCAGUGAAGGACAUACACUGGGAGCAAGGAGAGUUAAGUGUCUUGCCCAAGGACACGACAAACAAACUAGGGAUAGGGGGGAAUCAAACCGCCAACCUUCCAUUCGUUGGACAGCUGCUCUACUCCUAGGCUACUGCCAAGGAGCCAGACAAACCAUUAGAGACACUUUCAGCAGACGCUCCACAAUCCUCUGUUUGGUCCAGACACCUGUCUGCUGACUGUGAACCAGAACUACUGCUACCUAUGACUGUUACAUUAGUUUCAUUAGCUGACUCCAGAGGCCUGUACUAUGAAGCUGGAUUAACACACCCAGGAUAACUCUGCCACAACUCACUCAACUUCACCAGAUCUCUGUAACCCCGAUCAGUUGUACUGCAAGGCAGGUUAUCAACUUGAUAAAUGUAUCCAGUUGAAGCCAGUCUAGAUCCUUGCUCGCACACAUAAAGGGGGCGGGGUCAGUGAGUUAUGAGGAGUUCCGGGACAUUAUAACGGCAAGGAGCAAGACUGCUGCAGCCACUAGAAGCCGGAGGGACUGCUAGCAAAAAAUCGUCAAUUAUGUGAAUUAAAUUUGUGCGUUUAUAAAUUUAUGGUCCCCUAAUAUGUUGUCAUGCAGUGCGUGUGAUCACCAUCAUCAUUGGCCUCAUUAUUUCAGAUAUAACAGCAGAGCAGUGGGGAAAAGAGUACGUGGGAGCAAAUAAAAAAUAACUAUAAAAACAUCCUUCAGAGUGGUUAGUAGGUGUAUUGUUAGAUUUUAUUUGUAUGUAUUUCAACAUGUAAACAGUGAUUUCCUCACACUGCCUUGAUGAGGAGCUUUGCUUCUUUUUUCUCCAUCAUCUAAUGGUCUCAUGUCACCUGCAGACACAUUUGGGGUUAAGAGGAGUUUUCUAAUCUGCUUCAAUAAAUUCUAAAUGAUGACUGAUAUGAAGCAUGAAACUGGAACUUGGAGCUUGGCAAAUAUUAGUGCAUUGCUUAGACUUCAUGCUACCUGAAUACUGAGAGAACGUCAUCAGGUAAAUCAAACGGAUUUGAUCGAUCACAAAAAUAACGCUCUCAGCGAAGCGCUCCCCUCACUAUCCGUGCACCGAUGUCCACGGGAUCCAGCAAAAGUGGGCAAGCCAUUUUUCAAGAGAUCCAUGGUCAGUGGGCGGUCUUUUAUACCUGCUGAGAUCCUAUCCUGAAACAUAACCUGCUCUGGAGCUGGUUUGGUGUUCUGCGUAAGUUACCGGGGCAACGGACCCAGAUGGGAAGAAAUCCAUCGUAGUACAGUAAACCCAGAAGUUUUUCCAGAAGUUAUCUCACUAAGAUCAAAUGCACCUUUCUAGUACAAGCCUCUGGUCAGCUGUCAGAAUGGCCCUGUUGUUGUGGGUGUCUCUUUAAAGGACAUACUUGUCUCACAUGAGAAUCAUUCUGUUCGAACCAGAGAGCCUAAUGUCUUGGGAUGUUGUCCUGUUAGAAGCUCGUCAUUUCAGCUGUCAGCUCGAGAGAGAGGAGAAGAAUUUGAUUUCAUCACUUGGCCUUUUCGACUUUUUCCUUUCAUUGCAUAUUAAAUAACUCACCUCGAUGAGUGUUCAGCUCUUCUUUAGUCUCUGUAUAUUUGUAUUACUGCAGAAGACUCUGGCAAAAUAACAAUACAUGCUCAUAAAUAUGAGCAUAAUGAUUCAGAUUUAGUCCGUAAAGACAUUCAUAACCCCAAAAUAGUGUUCUUUUGGUAUUUCUUAUACUGAUUCCUAAAAUGUUGCACGUCAACCAUUUUUAGCAUCAACUUUGUUGUUUUCAUAGAGUUUUGGGCCCAAAUGAGUUGCUCUGUGAGGGGAGCGGAGGUGUGAACGUGGGAGGCAUGAGCUGUCUUUUGUCUCUGCUCAUUUCCUUACAGUCAAAGCGCUCUGCCUCCUUCAAAGAGCACACUUAUCUCACCUGAAAGAGCUCUCAGGAGCCUCCAGCUCCCAUCAGACGACACACUUCUCAUGCCAGAGUAACAGUCUGUCCUUCAAAGGCACACUUAUCUCACCUCUUUAGACUCCUUAGACCCGGACUCUUUCCCGGCUUCACGCUCGACAUUUGCUAAACAGGACGAUGACAUGUGGCGUGUGUCAGAGCAGCCAAAGAGCUGUUUGUCUGGGAAAAGUAGCUUUACUUCAAAGCAGCACCUCACAGGACACAUUUGGUGUUUAGAGCAUGUACAGUGUGUGAUCUGAAGCUUGUUCUCUGGUCAUAAAGGGAUUACACGACAUCAGACGUGUUUAUUUUACAGUAAAAAACAGCAACAUUAAAAGCUUAGAGAUGCACUAAAGCAGAUUUUUGCCAAUAUUUCUAAAUCAUUUCGUCCAUCGCUUACCCAGUCUACAUGCUACCCUUAAUGGGACAGCUGUCAGUGCUCUGUGUGUUUGUAGAGGAUAUACCAAUAGAUAGAUGACAAAGUAUUUAAAGGUGUCAUGUAUUAGGUUCAGGUACAGUGUCAUCUGUGGGAAACACUGAUCUCAACACUACAGGGACUCUUAGAUUGCCUCUCUUGAUCCGUUCAUUUGAUGAGGUUGAGAUCUUUGGUUGAAUCAGAGUUUUUUUUUUACAGUCAUUUCCUAAAAUGAUGUGAGGAUGUGGGAACCAGGACCUGUCCUCCUUGAAAAUCCUUGGUUCCCGACCUCACAGGUUAUAAACCCUCAGGCUGUAUCCUGUCUGGCCAACACACAGACUUCAAAGCUGAGGCACACUUCUUCGACCUCCAGACUCCUCUUACCCUCCUCCUGACUGUCCCUACUGUCAGAGGAGAAACUCUGGGAAAAAGUUCCUUAAAGGACACAAUUUCUUUUAGCUUUAAAAAAUCUGAGAGGUGAGGGUUCAGAAAGUCAGGAAACAUUUCUCUCUUUAUUCUACUAUGGGAGUCUCCAUUGUGUUUUUUCUACUUGUUAAUUUUCCGAACUUCUAUCCUUUUAGUCUGCAGGUAGAGUGACAUCUCAAACAGCUUGUAGUUUGUUCAUCUGGGUUUGUUCAUCUCACCUCUCUGGCAGAUCCUUUUAAACUUUGUUUUUUCGUGGAUAAAAAAUAAUUGAUCACUUUCGGCAUUCAACCCCCCAAAUCCUGCCCCAACCAGUAUGUUUCUAUGCUAGAAAAACAGGUUUUUUAUGUAAGACCAACUGAAACUGGACUUUUGACACAUAUCCAAACAUAUUAAUCUGACUGAAAUGGCAGUGAAUCUAAUUUCCUGUGGUAGGACUGACAUAUGAUAUGAGAUAAUGCGGUUGUGGAGCAGUUUUCUCUCAGGUUUUUGCCCCUCAAUCAGACUGAAACUAGCUGAAGAGUCCUGCACAUGCUCCACAGUUUGCCCGUCAAGCUUUGAAAGUUAAACCAGAUAAAUCAAACAGAAGACUCUGUCACUCCAGUGGAUUUAAUGAAUGAGGGAUCAGUCAUUGUUAUCCUGAUGAAGAGGAGCUGUGGGAAAGACUGAGGAGGACGAGGCUGUCAGGGAAACUGACAGAGCAGUGACAACAGGUCUUUAGAGGUGAUGAGGCACUAACAUACGAGGGUGAAUUGAAGUCAGCUGCUGCUCGGUGAGUCAGAGUGAGGUGCGAACGAGGCCGUUAAACCCUCAUCGACACCUGGGUAUGGCUGCAGAGCUGCAGCCUGGAGAGCAGGACGGAAACUGGUUCCCACACUACAAACACACACACACAUGAUCACUCACUCACUCACUCACUCACUCGAACACACACACACACACACACACACACACACACACACACACACACACACACACACACACACAGAGUAAAACACAAAAUAGCUGCAGUUUGAAGGUGAAUAUGGUGCAGAACAGGCAGAUUAUAGCAACACAGUUCAUGGUACAGACUGUCCUGCUCUCAGGUUUAAGGUGGAGGUCUACCAGAGUUUUCAGUAAGACAGAGGGGGUAAAAUAUUUAUUGAUUUUGGAUCAAUUAAACAGCUGUAAAAACUUCUUUUCCUAAUAACAUGCAUAUCCAUGUGCAAAUGAUGGAGAAGUUCAUGCAAAGAUCAGCUGUGAAUUUCAAACCGAGGUUCCUGCAUCGCUUAAUUUACAGGCAAGGCAAAUAUUUAUGCAGUUUUGCAUCACGACCACUUGGUGGAGCACUACACCAGAGCUGUGAGCUUUUCCCAGUGUCCUGACCAGGUCUGCACUCCCCUGUCCUUUGCCUUCCCUUCCCUUCUGUUCUCCUUGAAUUAUGAUUAGCCUCACUCUCCUGUUUUCCUCUACAUCCUCCAUAUUUAAACAUCCAUUCUUCUUCAUCAUUUCAAGCUUUUCUGCUGUUUUUUGUCCUCUCUUGUUGUGUUACAAAGUGAUGCACCAGAAACACAGAGAUAACCCCGCACUUUGGUUCUGCUCCUCCUCUGUCUUUUGCUUCAUUUUCUUUCUCUUCAUCUUUUCGUGUCAAUACAUCAAUCUGUUUCUCCUUUAAUCAGCUCUGUUUCUCCUCUGAUUCCUCAUCCCGGUUUUGUUGGAUCAGUACACAGCAGUCUGUUCGUUUUAUUAUUCCAGAUGGGGAACAUGAUUUUCAGUCAAACGUUAUAAGAAAAACCACAAAGCUUUGUCUUCAUUGUACAUUAGGGAAAACAAAACAACCCAAAAAAUGCAAAAUCCCACCAGCAUGUUUACCAGCGUGAACAGAAGGGUUUGAUCUGCUGGAGUAGAGACUCAACCUUAAAGGGAUAUUCCAGCGCAAGUUUAAGUCAUGGUCAAACACACCGUAACACUGAGUUAGACUCUCCCUCGGGAGAUGAAUAUUGCCCACCGCUUAUUUCUCAUUGGGGGACAAAUAAAGUUAUUAAUUGAUUGAUUGAUUCUCUUGUUCCACCAACUUCAGCAACAACUGUAUGAUAGCAAUACACAGCGGUCUAUGUCUCCACGUUCAAACCUCAACCAAAAAGCCACUCUAUAGUCACUACUAAUGCUCAGAACAGCACCUAACUUCAUCAACAGUACAUAUAGGGUCCUAGCCAUAGCACUGGUCACCACACAGCUCUUUAGCUUUGCUUGAUUUCUUUAGCUAAGAGACCAAACACAACUCACCCACUCUCCUCCCCCAGUAGGGGAGCCCUGAUGAGUCGAUCACCAAGUGCAGCUGUAAAUUUAUGGUUAUUACUUCAUGGAAACGCAAUCAGACCGAGACGCUGAGGCAGAAGAAGUACUGCGUCUACAGUGCACAUACAAGAUACACAAGAACUGUGAUUGCAUUUCCGUGAAGUAAUAAUCAUAAAUGUUCUUUCUUGAGAUCUCUGCUGUACUUGGUGAUCGACUCAUCAGGGCCCACAAACAAGUGGCUGCUGGAGAAGAGUGGGCGAGUUGUGUUUAGUCUCUCUGCUAAAGAAAUUGGGCAAAGCUAAAAAGAUGUUUGGUGGCUAGUACUAUGGCUGGGACCCUGAUUCAGAGAGCUGUUAUUUUAAAUACAGAUUUUAAUCAUUUCCCUCUUUUCUUGUUUCCUCACAGAUUCCUGAUGAGUUUGACAGAGGUGAGUGUGACAUAUCUGCAGUGCUUUGUUUACACGACCACAGGCUGUAAAAUCAACCAUCAGUCAAGACUAAACAAAAUCAGAUCUGGCUGACUGUGUGUUUCUGUUGAUUCACACUUAGGCUCUUUCAUCAGGUUGUUUUUAUGGGGAAUACAGUGAGUAAUUGUCUGGACCUGUCAGCAGUUGCUCCUGCGGGGUGCAGGUGUUUAAUCUGAACAGACUUAUUCCUGAUAAAUUGAAGAAGGAUGUUGUGAGAGUUAAGCUGUGUUUAGACUGAUUGAUACCGAAUUCCUGAGAAGGUGAGCUGCAUGUGUUAGCACAAACAGACAAUUCUUUCACCUUAGCUUCACCUUGAAUUUCACCCACCAGGAUCCUGAUGUUUGAGGGCAACAUGAGGGUUGUUUGUGUCAUAAUCUUCAUCUUGAUUUAAGAUGGAUGCUGAGGUAGAUGGAUAUAUGGAUGCUCAGGUAGCCACAAUGUAAUGUCAUUGUGGCUACCUCAGCAUCCAUGUCCAGGCUCCUGAGAUCCCAGAAACUUCAACGACUGCAUGUUUAUAAACAGUGUAUGUUUGAAUCUGGGCCCUCAGUGGAAUUAGGCUGUUGCAGCUUUCUCACCUGUAAUGUAGGAAUUUCCCCACAAAAAUAAUCAAUUGAUUUAUUUGCUGAACCCUGAACAACCAAUCUUGACUAAAUGUAAAGUGUACAUAUUCAGUGUUUUUUUAAAUCAAGGCUCAAUUAUGUCAAAUGUAAACCUAUAAUGUAUGUCACUCCUGUGUGCAACACAGUGUUUAUUUUCUGUCUUUAAAUUUUAUUUACUCAAGUCCGCAAUCUGCACUUUUGGUGCAUCUGUGUAGCUCUCUCAUACUAAAUGCACUAUUAACACCUGUUUUGCUACCAUGUCAACGAAAAGUAAACCUAUUUGAGCACUAGAAGGACUUGUGCUAGAAGGAAAGUGUCAGAAUGUGCUGACAUGUGAAUGAGGAGAGUUAGUGAUGUAGAGGCUGUGUUGGGGAGUAAAGCAAAGACACGCAGACAGGAAGAAGCCUGACUUCAGCUACAACCAAACCAAAUCUACACGGUUCUGCUUCUUUCUGCAGAGAUGUGGAUCUGUUUAUAAAGUUUUGGAGAGCAGAACCACUAUAACAAAAUCAGAAAAUUACUCCAGCUGUGUCUUACCAUCACUCUCUCUCAUCACUCUGCUCUCUCUUGGUGGCUUUUGGCUGAAAACUUGACUAAUAUAUUAUUAUUAUUAUUUUAGAGCGUGCAGUAUUAAAAGAACCAGAACAUUUCUACCGCUCAUUCUUGGCUGUUCCUCACCUCCUCCAGCACCCCCUCUGCUGGUCUUUCUUCCCUAAAAUGAAGUUUUUUAAAUCGAACCAGAUCUUUAGAUGCGGUCUGCCUCCAAAUGAUGAAAAACUAGCAGCAGAUUGCGCCUCAAAAAGCCUUUUUUCUCCAUUAUAUGUUCGUAUUGUAUGAAGCGUGUGUGUGUUUGUGUAUAUGUUUUGUGUGGUGUAUUCACCCCGUCUCGCUCCAGAUGAGUCCCCUCCGUCUCCUCCUGAACAUGUGUGUUUUUAUUGACACCCUGGCAGCGCUAUGUGCGUUAGUGUCAGUGUUUGUUUGAAUGAUGGAUCACUCCGCUGAGCCUCGGUGGCACUGCCAACUGCUCUCACUGUGUGUGUACCAACCACCCAUAUGCCCCGUCCCAUCAUUCAUCCCUGAACCGCCACCUGACCGCCAAAAAACACACUUGCACACACAUUUACCUCCUGGUUAUUUAUCCGAGAGAGAAAGAAGUCAGCAGACUGAGCUUCACGCCAACAGGACAGAGGUCAGAAGUUACUUACAAUGCCUUGACAGAGAAGCAAAAUUACCAUUAAAUAUGUCACAGCCCCCUGAAUAAGAGCUCCACGUAAAAGUCCCAAAAAAUAACAAAAGUGCAAAAGAGAUGGAGAGUUUCCAGAUUUUUACCAGAUGUCUUUUGUUCACAACCAAACUGAGACAUAGUGAGACAAAACAGACUUCCUGUCCUCCAAAUACGGUUCAUCACAAGUGACCUUUUUUUUUUUUUUUUUUUACAACAAAUGGAUCCGCCUAUUGAAAUGUGGAUCCAAUCACUGUUUGAACGGGACAAAAUGACUAAAUACUCAGUAUUUAGUAUUUAGUCAAGCCUCAGUAUUUCUCUAUCAGCUGUCUAGUGAGUUUCCCUGCAGUAUCUUGAAUAUACAUUCAACAGGAGAAUAUCAGACUUUAUGAUCAAACCCCUGUAUUUGUUUCUCCUCUUGUGUCUUUUUUUACAUCCACUCUCUCAGUUUGUCCAUGCCUGCUGCCAAGAAAAGGUCUUAGUGGAUUUUCCCUCCCUGUUGAGUCACAUGAUGAUGCAGUCUGAGGACGAUUAGCCACAUUUCCGAGGUUUCACUUCGAUCUGUGUCGAUGUGACUCUCUCUGUUAACGAGUUUUGAUCACCCGCUGCUCCCAAUAAUCACUUCAUCAAUAAUUAAAUCUCCCAGAGGUCCAGUGUGCGUCUCCAGCCCCCUCUUGAAUCCUUCCCUCUGUCUCUCUGUCCAUCAUAAAACCCUCCCUGAGGUCCACUUUGUCUAGAAACCGUCUCCUUAUACCUCUCUCUCUCUCUCUCUCUCUCUCUCUCUCACUUCUUCAUCUCUGUUCAUCUUUCUAUCCGUUUCUAUCUGUCCAUCCAUCUGUCUCCAUCUCUGUCCUUAUUCUGGACCCCUGAGGUCCACAGCUCUGUGUCCCUGAAACAGGUAAAAACUGUGAGUUUUUAUUGAGGUGCACCAUCCCGUCUGGAGCCCAGUAUGGAUUGAAGGUUGUACAAACAGAGGAUAGAUGUAUGGAUCUGUGGAUUGGUGGAUGAAUUGAUGGAUGGGUGGACUGAUUGAUUGUGCACAGAAGGAGGGAUGUGAGUAAAGGUCUUAUUGACGAGUUAGUAUGAGCAGGCGAUCAGAAUUCGUUUAAAAGUACAGUUUCGUUUCGGCCGAUCGAACUGAUGUGAUCCUCACAGCUGUCAAUCAAACACACUCUCAGUUAAAUGUAGUGAAUCUGUGAUAAUCCUGCCCUAUUCACCCUGUAUUUCUGUUUUUAAAUGAUUAACAGUGAUGAAAAACAGCACUAGGUUGUGUUGACGAUCUUUUUAGUAUCUAUAAUUCAGAAAAUUUUUGAUUCAGGCCUUUUCAAAUAUGCUUGUUCUAUCAGUUCAGGAGCUCUGUGGGAAUACAAUGGCCGCCGGCUUGCAGACAUAUGAAGUAAAAGUAGGUCUGGACUCCUGACUUUGAGGAGGACAUCUGUUCUGUUAUCAAUGCAUGCCAUCUUUUUGAUUUAAAUCCUUACUCAAGCAGCUAACCUGCAAAUUUGUCUGGAACAGUGUGUCGAGUGAGACUCCUUCAUUGUGUGUCCUAACACACGCUGGUUUGUUCAGAGCUGGAAAACCUUUUCCUCCAGUCUCUAAAAUCUGCAAAAUAUCCUCUUCAGCUGACAGGAGGGUGGCAGACUGUAUUUGUGAGAUGACAAAGCUCUGAGAAAAUUCAGCAUUUGUGCGAAAUAAUUGAGUUUUUGUUAGUUUUCUGGAACGGUUUGGCCAUUCCUAAAGCCUUUCUGCUAUUUUAAGGGUGCAGAUUCAAAGAAGGCAGUUUGAUGAUAAUAACUGAAGCUGCAGUUCAGCUCUGAAGUCAGGAUGCUCUUUUUUGAUUUUUAUUUGCAGAUGCAGUCUGAGGACGAUUAGCCACAUUUCCGAGGUUUCACUUCGAUCUGUAUCGAUGUGACUCUCUCUCUAAACGAGUUUUGAUCGCCCGCUGCUCCCAAUAAUCACUUCAUCAAUAAUUAAAUCUCCCAGAGGUCCAGUGUGUGUCUCCAGCCCCCUCUUGAAUCCUUCCCUCUGUCUCUCUGUCCAUCAUAAAACCCUCCCUGAGGUCCACUUUGUCUAGAAACCGUCUCCUUAUACCUCCCUCUGUGUCUGUAACUUUAUGACUUUCUCUCUCUUUCCCCCUCUCUCUCUCUUUCCCCCUCUCUCUCUCUCUCUCUCUCUCUCUCUCUUUCCCUCUCUCUCUCUCUCUCUCUCUCUCUCUCUCUCUCUCUCUCUCUCUCUCUCUCUCUCUCUCUCUCUCUCUCUAUCCAUCCGUCCAUCUGUCUCCGUCUCUGUCCUUGUUCUGGACCCUUACCACAGCUCAUUAAGCUGAUAUGCCUGUUGGUGUUCACAAACCCUCAACAGGUUUUGGACUGUUGGACCGGUCAGGACCAAUCAGGACUGCAAUAUGGAUUAAAGGAUGAAUGUGUGUAUUGGUGGGUGGAUGAAAGGAUGGACUGAUUGAUCAUGCACAGAAGGAGAUGUGGGGUAUUGAUUGAUGGGAUGUUGGUAUCAGCAGGCGAUCAGAAUUCGUUUAAAGGACAGAUCCGUCUCAGUGGAUCGACCUCACAGCUGUCACUCACUCUGCUUUAUGGCGCCAUUUGAGUCUGUAAGCAUAACUCGUCAAAUCUACUUUAAUUAUGUUAAUGUUUUUUCAUUUCUUUAAGUGUGUCAUGGCCUAAGGAAAACAGGCUUCAUUGCACUUUGUAGAUGUGAUUGAUGAGGGCUUGAAUUAAGGCUAAAUGGUUGUUUUUUAACCCAAACUGAUCCAGCACAAAUCCUCACAGUCAAACCUGUGAUGUCAGGUUGAGGAUGAAAUAUGUUACCGUUAAAUAUUUGUCGUAUUUGUUUUAAGUAGGGAAAGUGCACAGUAUUAUCAAUCAGAAAGGACAAGACGCGUUUUGACCAUUUCUGGUGUCACUGCUGGGGAUAAAAAUCAGGCUGUAUUUGAGAAAGAGACACAGUGUUUGUUCCAUUUGCUCAGUAUCAGGAAAACAAUACCAAGUCGUAAAUCAGUUGUUUGAAGGGCAGAGCUGCAAUUUAUUUUUUGCAGCUUUGUGUUUGCAGUCUGAAACAAAAAUGCAUUUGAAAGAAAACAUGUCGGCUCUAAUGUCGGUGUUAUUAACUUAUCAAGGAAAUGUUGCUGAAUUAUGAUUUUCAUUAUUUCAUUUCAAGUGUGUUGAUUUUAUUACCUCUGACUGCAACAAUACGAAAACAUUUGUUGUGGUUUCAAGAACUUGAGUAUCCAAGUUGUGAACCUUAUUCUGGUUUUGAUCAUGUUGGAGAGCUGGUGUUAACAUGCAGAUGGAAGAACUACAAAGAGAGUUUUAAAUAUUUGGCCAGAACAUCAUGUUGAUCAUUGAUUUCAAUUAAACAAGUAGUGUGGUCACAUGGUCAUUGCAUCAUCAUAUGGUUAUCACAUCAUCACCUAUUGAUCUUCCUAAAGGUUAUAAAUGAUAUUGAAUGAUAACCUGCUGAUUUAUACAUGCUUUAGAUCUCUGAACAUUUCCCAUCAGCCCCUUCAGUGUAAUGUGGGCCAAUCAUGACCUCAGGGACCUUUCAGGACCUUUUAGGGACCUCAGGGACCGAAGGCCAAAUAUUCCCUGAUGAGCUUAGGGACCGGGGUAAAAGUUCAUGAUCCCACAGGGAGCUCCUUCAACUCAUUUCUCCUCAUCCUCCAUCCCUCCCAAACCUCUCCUCUUUUUCAUCCUCACCUGUUUUGUCCUCCUCCUCCUUCUCCUCUGGGAGCAGCAGACGGUGAGCAGAGUGAUGGAGGGAUGGAGGAGUGAAUGGGUCUUAUGGGACGUGUUUGGCCACUGACUCUGUUCGUGUGCCAAGUGGCGGCAUUUGUGUGCAAGACGCAGAGGAGCGUCGGACACCAUGGCAACCAGGACAUAUGACACCACUUACCCACACGCACACAGAGGUCCCAAUAGAUUUCCUGACACAGUGACCCUCACAGGCUUACAGUUACCUAGCACUGUCAUAUCAAACUUGUGAUAAAUACCUUUAGGUAAUAGAGCAGACCUUUGUUUGUUCAUUUACAAUACACAGUUUUGGUCUGAGCAUAAAUAACAGUCAGCAAAAAAGUCUUGGUCGGUCAAAGAUACUGUUAAAGGGAUAUUACAGUGUUUUUAAAGCAGACUAGUAUGAGUUACAUGUCACUAUGAAAUGUAUCCGCUGGUAAGCUCCGCCCCUUUAAUGAGAACCCAUUAGGAGAACCAGCUACCCAACAUGCUAAAACUACUCAUUUUAGUGUUUUUCACUACCUUUGAGGGAUGAUCACAAGUGGAACAUGUUUGCCCCACCAUGUGUUAUAUAUUGCAAAUAAGGUGUAAGGGGGGUCAGCAUGUAUGAGCCACCUGACUUCUGACGAAUAGUCUUUAAUAGUCUUUUUUUAAACAUAUUUAUAUGCCAGAAAAAACAGGCUGCUUUAGAUUUUAACCACAGGACCGUUAAAUAAACAAGAGUAAUGAUCCCAGAUCAAUUAAUAACUCUGUAUCAGCUGUUAAACUGUCCCAUCUACAUGUAUUUGAAUGAAAAAUAGAAUAUUUAAAUGACUUAUUGAUUAACUUACUGAGAUACCUAACAUGUCAAACAGCCCAAUAACCUGGAACAUGAGAGAGAGUGUGUUCAUGCUGCUCUAACAUGAACACACACUCUGUCUGUUCCCGGGGGAUUCACUCACUCACACAGACACACACACACACAUUCACUCACUACACUACAGAGGCCGGGCCACACUGCUGUUUGUCCCCCAGAGAGAAAACAAACGAUUGACGGAGGAGGAGGAAGGGGGUGUUGUUGUGAAGCAGAUGCUGAGCCUGACUGCAGCUUUUGUUGAAGAUGGAGGCCCCUCCAUCCUUUUCUCCUCACCUCCUUCUUCAUCCUUCUUUCCUCUGAUUGCGUCAUUCCUUUUCUCUCCUCCCUGUCUUGAUUCCUCUUUUUUACACCGUUCCUUAUUUUCACUGCUCGUUUCUCUUAACUCAGAUUUUAGCCCAUUAGCAGCCCCCCCCCCUUCUUUCACCCAUCACACUACCUCCUCUCCCUUCUCCUUCCUUCCUCAUUAUUUUCCCUCACAUUUUUCUGUUUUUCCUUCCUCCUCCUCCCUUAUUCCUCCUUUCAUCCUUUCUCUUAUUCUUUUUGUCAACCCCUCCCUCUCUUAUUCCUCAUUUCUGGCUUUUGUCAACUUGUUUUCUCCUUCCCCUCCUCUUCAUCCCCCUCCAUCUGUUUACAGCUGCCCAGUUUUUCAUCCCUUUCUCACAGCCCAUAAAUUUGUGAAAGUUUGAUAAUAGUUAAACUGGUUAUUUUUCUUUUCUUCUCUUUAAUCCCUCUUUUUCGUGGACCUUUAUUAUCUCUUUAAAUCAAAACUUUCCCUCCUGUCAUGAGUCAUGACCCUGGCUGAUGUGAGGUGUUGCAGAUGUAGCAUUAUCUGUCCUUUUAAGCACUUUUUGUACUAAAUAAAACCUGUUUUCAGAGUCUGCUCAUAAUAACCCUCAGCCUCUUCCUCAACACCUCUUUUAUAUUAUGUGAAUAAAGGUUUCUUUUGAUGUCCGAGCAGCUAAAAAACUAUGUGGAGAUGCAGCUCAGUGUUGCCAUAAUACUAACAGAAUUUGCCCGGUCCCAUUAAAAAAAAAAAAAAAAAAAAAGGGAAAAGCAAGAGACAAAAGUGGGAAUAUUUAAAGGGAAACUGGUAGUUUAAACUGAAUCUUUUUCAUUGUAAUGACCAGUACAUGCAAAAGAUCUGUGGUGUUUGAGACAGAUUUUUUGUGUCUGAAAAAAAACAAUGUUUUGAUAACAUAAAAAAGGAAAUAAAUUGAUCGAGAAAAAAACAUCAUCACCAUGCGUAAGCUUGUCUCAUCAUUAGACUACAUAGAUGAGAUCGGGGUGCCCAACCUUUUUCAAACCAAGAUUGACUUUUUAAGUGGCAUUCUGUGCCACAUCCACCAUGUCAGUGGAUCGUUAGACGGGAGAGAAGGGCCCUGCCAUCUGAAGCCAUCUGUAGUCUCGACAACAACUGGCCCUCUCGCUCACACACUUUCUGGCUACGUAGAGCUGUUGUAGUAGUCGAGUAGUAUAGUAUAUAAUAGUCCCCUCCAACUCAUCGUGGAAAUCAUGUCUUUGCUGGUUUACUUCCUGACAUUUUCGUGCUGUGAUAAGGAUGCUGGGUAACUGGAAGAUGGACGGCUCUCACCUUCUAAUCUCAUACAUGCCCCACCAGGUUGACUUUGCAGGGGUUGGCAACGUACCCAUAAUGCCGCCGUAGCGCACCAGGUAGCCAGUAGCUAAACUAUGAUGUAUUGAAGUUGGAUCUGUUUUUUUUCUGUGAUGUGUUCAGAUCAUAGACUGUAUAUAAGAUGGACAGAGUCUGCCUCCUUGCUGGGUGAAGCCACUCAGAGAACAGCACCCUCUGUUGAUGGGCUGCAGUAUAGGUCAUAAACCCGCCUCCACCAGCAAAGCUUAUGGGACUGUGGACGAACUUUAGAAAUGUAUUACACAGAACAUACAUUUUUCUCCCCCUGCUUGUGAUGUUGACAUGUAGUUAUUGAAAGACUGGUUUGUGCUCAAGUCCACUUUUUUUCUGUGAAGCUCCGUUUUUAAAAGUUAUUAAGGGGUUCAUGUUUUCUAUGAUUGACACCUGAUACAGCCUAUGGGUGUUUAGGGAUUGCGUAGCUCUCCCGGGGGAUACGCUGUUUGAGCCGAGCGUCAUCACAGCGACUCUUGGCGACUGCACGCCCAAAUACGCGCAUCGCUACUGCGCAGUGCUGGUUUCAGGAAAUGAAGAAAAAUCCCAGAAAUACCGAGAGCUAUUUGGCUUCAAAUCCGUAUACAGGCGGUAGGCGGAACCAAGUUGUCCAUAUACAAUCUAUGGUUCAGAUGUAUAAGAAUAUGUUUGGAACAAACAGUCGUAAAUAAACAGAAUUAUGCCACAUUAUGGGAUAGGAAAAAAAGUUUUUCCAGUGUCUCGUGUCGAAGAUCAGUCCAAGAUCGACAAGUUGAUUGUGAUCAACUGGUUGGGCAUCACUGGAUUAGAUAGACCGUAUUAAUCCUGAUCAAGACUGCAAAUGUCAUAUUACAGUGGGGGGCUUUUUUAAUGUCUGCUAGAGUAAAAGAUAGGAGAAUAAUUGUCAGUAGCAUGUCAGAGAUAUCUGUAAGUCAGAGCUAAUAACCUCAGAGAGCUGCUCUGCCAGACUGAUGAGAAAAACACAUUAACAUACCAGGUGAAAACAGCACUGUGACACCUGCCACACAGAGCAACAUUACAUACGUCGUGCUUUAACUAGGACUGACCUACUGAGUUGAAUUAAAAACAAAAGGUUGAGGUGCAGAGUUUCACUUUUAACUCCAAGAAUUGUAAUGACUCCAGUUUGGAUCACAAGCAGCUUUUAGGAACAAGAUCAACUUUGAUUAUAAUGAUUAUUUUUUAUAUUGUCUGAGUAGAUCUUCAUUGGUUAUAUGGAGAAUUCACAAGCUUUUAGUCUGAGAAAUAAAGUUCUUAUUGUCAGUAUCACAGUAUUCUAGGACAGAAGUUUCUCAUUAUCAUUGUGGAUGAACAAACAGACCUUUAGUGCAAAACAAGCUGUUCUGUUUCAGCUUCAGUAACACAGUCACCUACCAACAAAGGUUGAUGGCAACGCCUGUGCCCUGUGGAGUGUUUCUGAGUGUUUUUGUGGGUUGGGUCUGGUGGCUUCAAAGACAGUGAUGUAUUAGCAGACUCUGGUUUUAAUGGAAGCCUCUUACUUUAUUAAAAGCGAUAUCCUUUGUGUAAUGCUGUCAGACACAUGGGACAAACACGUGAGCCUGUCAGAGACCAAAACAAGAGCUUUACUGCUGAAGUUGAGUUUGAAGCCAUUGAGUUAUUUUGUGGUCCUGGCAAAAGCAGAAUGCUGAAGCAAUUCCAAAACUUUUAUAACCUUUACAAAUUCAAAUAUCUGGAAGGGAAAUCAGAAACAGGUGUAAAAAUACAGAGAUUUCCCCUCCAGAGUCCUAGUAAUGGUAAGCAUACCCUUGCGAUGACCUCUGCCAGGAUGAAUUAAGCUUGACUGGCCUCAGCAUCACCUUUGGAGUCAAUUUCAGAGCAGGAGAAAAGUUGUUUGGCCCGUUUCAGCCCAGCCAGGCUGGUAAGGAGGAAAACACCAAUAGUCCUGGUCUGACAGCUCUACAGAGUGAGGCCUCUCACACAAAGAGCCGACAUUGACUAUGAAAGGAGGACCGUUAGAGAGGAACAGAGGAUGAAAGGAGAGAAACAAGAGAGGAGAAGAAAGAGGAGGAGGUGGCCUCUUCUCCUCCACCGAGAGGAAACACACAUAAGACCUACAGGAAUCUCAAUCAUCUCUCACACAAAGGCUAGAAUCGGUGGAAUUCUGAAGUUCCACCAACAGAAAAAGUUUAAUGAGAAAGGUUUGCAGAGUGAGGUCAUUUCAGUUAUUUAGAGAGAGUCAUAAAACAGCUGCAGAGCUUUCAUGCUCAAUAUUAUUUGACUAAACAAGACCUCAAGACCACCAGUCAGACUGGACUUCAGUUCUUGUUUGUAAUCUGCGCAGAUGUCAAACCGAAGUUCAGAAAGACUCAGUCUAUAAACGAUUUAUUUAUCUGUAUUGAUUUAAGUUUAUGUUCGUUUUAAAGUGCCCUCACUAAAAAAAAGCUGAAAUGUAGUCACCAGCUUUUUGUUUGUUCAUCCUUUCCAAACCCUUGAUUGUAUCAUCCAUCCAUCCAUCCAUCCAUCCAUCCAUCCAUCCAUCCAUCCAUCCAUCCAUCCAUCCAUCCAUCCAUCCAUCCAUCCAUCCAUCCAUCCAUCCAUCCAAUCUACCAUCAGCCUUUCACUGCAGAACCAUUCAUCAAUCAUUAUCAGUCCAUCUAUUAAUCCAUCUUUCUCUCCAUCUGGAGUCCAUGGUAUUCUGUCUGUCCAUCUCUUAGUUCUUCUGUACAUUACUCCAUCCACCUGUCAGUCUUUCCCUUUUGCCCUCAGUCUGUCUUUUCUCCAUCACAUAAUCCUUUCUUCUGUUUCAGAGGCCCUCAGGUAUUCGGACCAUCCGUCUGAAGUGACAAAACAACGCCAUGAAAGCCCCUGAUACUCUGAAACAUGUUUUGAGUGGUGGAAGCUGACAGAGGGACAAAUAUUCCUCCUCCUCCCCAUCCUUUUUCUGUCAUACUCUGUUCAUCCACCCAUCAGCCACCCUGAAACAUCAAUUCCACUCCCCUAUCCUCCCCCAUCAACAUGACCGCCCUUCCUCCUGCUCCUGCUCCCCCUCCUCCUUCGUCCUCAGUUAAUCAACAUGAUAAAAGCCAGUCUUAAUCUGCCCCUUCACACAUGCACACACACACACAUCAAAAAAGACAUACACACAUAAUGUGGAGGCUGACGUCAUAGGAAUACACACACACACACACAUUUUGGGCUUUCCUAUUACUGGGUGUGUUUAGUUGGAGUCUCAGGGGAGAGGAGACUUAACAGCCGACCAUAUACUCCCACAUUGCCCGCACAUGUGUGUGUUAUCAUCCCACUUCAUUUAGUUUUCCCAGAACACAACUUCUGUUUAAUUACAGAUCUGGAUAUCUGCAGAUCUGGUGUGGCAAAAAUGACCUCUAUGAUGAUCAAGAAUGGAGGGUUGUCAGUAUUUACGAACAAAACACCAAAGUAAACUUCAGUCUGACGUUUUUUAGGCUUCGAUGUGCCUCAUCAGUUUUGCAUUUUUGAUCCCCACACCCCUGGUGUUUUGCAUCCUGGUUGUCCACAGAAGCUCUUUUAACUUCCUGUGGCUGUUGAGCUUUCUGUGCCAACCCCUGAAAUUUCCUCUUAAAGUGCGUUUCUCUAAACUCACUCCAAGUUUUGACACCAAACCAGCAGCUUGUGGAUUGUUGAGCUGCUUCAACACACUGUUGUUGUUCCUGCCCUGAGGAAGUGGGCUGUUGUUUCUAAUGAUGUCAAGCCAAACACCUUAUUAUAGGAGCAAUUCUGGUCUUUCUGAGCUUGGGCUCCACUUUUGCACGUUACUAGGGUUUGAGUGACUAAUAGUACAAAAUACAAGAACGGCUCUGGUGAAUUUCUUCACCCUGCAGCAAUAACACGUGCUGUGGUAAAAAUAAGCUGGAUCGAGUUAACUUCUGUCCAUGAAAGGUUCUUGUUUCAGCAGGUGACAGGCAUCAUGAGGAUAGUUUCUGUUUGUUUUUGUGUCUGUAUCACCAAAGAUUCACAAUCACACAGACAGGUGGAGGCAUCAGCCAUCCAGAGACUUAAGAGUUCAUCCAUGAAAGAUCUGUGAUUUAGUCAAUGGAGUGUGUAGUGUAGGAAAACAGAACUGAUGUUUUUAUUUAUUUAUUUGUGAACACUGUUGUGUUAAAAAGUUAAGACCAGCAACAGUGUAGGAGCGUCUACUUUAAAACUAAGAUGCACCACAGCCGAAAUGCUUGGAUUGCAUGAUAUUCACAGUGAAUACAGUGAUACCUGCAGUCUACAGUGAACAUAUAUACAUUUAUAUGUCAGAGCUGUUUUAAUGUUAUAAAGUUUCCACUGUGACUGUUUGGUUCAUGUCUCUCUGAUGUUUAAACAGACUCUGGUCUUGGAAUUCGUUUCCUUCGUUUCCCAUCUGGUUUUCCAGCUUUGCCAGUGCAGACAUAUUUUUAGCCGUCUUUAUCUCAUAAACUGAGUUGCAUAGCUGAUUCCUUCCCCACAAACAGCCGCCCUCACUGUGUGUGCCCGUCUUUCAGUAGCUGUUUGCAGAUAUUUUCCUCUCAUUUCUGCAACAACAAACCUUUGUCAUUUUUGUGGUCAUUUUUCUUUUUUGCUUUAAAAACCCUUUUUUUAAGCUCUAGAUAAACUUAAAACUUAAAUAGGGUGUAAAUUUGCCUAAUCAGUCGUUUUUAUUUUGCUCACCUGCAUCUUUGACAAAAAUCACUGAUGUUAAAAAAUAAUUGACAUACUUCUCUGAAACCUUUGCUCCUGAUCCUCCUUUACCUUCCCCACCUUUUCAAACAUGCACACGCCACAUAUAGAUGUGUGGACACGGCGCGUGUGAAAGCGUCAGCGCGUCAUUACAGCAGGACGGUGGCAGAUGGCUUCUGUUUCCUGCUUUAGAACGCUGCUAUGAACUCUGGGGUAUUGAGUCCCCUGGGAGCAGAGCGUGCUAGCUUUGGCGUGUGUGCUUAGAGAUGGAGAGAGGCACGCGUAUGUGUAUCUUGCUAUUGUGCUCCUUUUAGAAGUAAUGAGCCUGCGGCCUCAUGGGAAAGCAAGUCUUUCUCAUUAUUAAUCAUUAGCGUGUUGACAGCUGGAGGUGUUAUUAGCAGGACUCUGCACUCUGGUUUAUCAGUGGCAUCAUCAGCAGCGAGCGUGUCAGCCUCAUCGAUCAGUUUGUAGACUGCAGGUCAAACCAGGUGAUCACACUGAUGAUCUCUCUAAACAGCUGAGCCGCCCUGACCAAUCAGAGCUCAUCCAGGAUGUCAGAGAGCUUCACUUUAGUUUGGAGCAGUUUCUCCUGAGGUUUAUCCAAUUUGAUUACAGCAACAUAUGUGCUAGACAUGUUUGCAAGGAUCUAACAUUACAGUGAUUCAAUUUGUAAACAUCAAUCAGCUGACAUUAAAGACAUUAAAGUGUCCUUUCCAAAUCCCACUCAUUUUUCAGUGUAUUUGCCUGAUUCUGCAUUUAAGGCCUUAUCAGAGAAAAUUUCAAUAUUGGGAUAAGUGUGAGGAAACUCUACCACUAACCUGCUGAGGUUCCUACAGUGACAUUAAAUAAACAACAAAUCAACAAAUAUCACACACUGCAUGGUCGUCUUUGUGUGCUGUCCGUUUGCUCUGGGAUAAGCCAGAGGUUUGGAGGAUUUGAAAAUCCUCCAAACUCUUACAGUUCUAAAGUUGUUAUUAAGGAACAACCAAACAAGUGAAAGUUUUGUUAAUCUCUCUACAAAGGAGCAAGGACCAAAACCAAGACUGGAUGGUUCCAAUCUUCAGGCCCUCAUGCAGCACAGCAUUAAAAAAAGACAGAACUUAGGAGUGGAAGUCACUGCAUGGGCUCUAAAUCAUUUAUUUAACAAAAGUACUGUUUGUCCUCUACAUUUUGGAUAUUGAACUGAGUGUCUUUGGCUAGUGGUCUGACACAACUGGCUAAGAUACUGCUUUUUACAUUUGAAUGGAAAAUAAUCCAUCGACCCAGAAUAAAAGACGAUUCAAUUCAAAAUGUAAAUUCCUCUUAGCUGCUGCUUGAGGCUUGCAGUAUCAUCAUAUAAAGAUAUGAUUUCUCAUUAAGUCCCAUUUUACGUCCUACAGUAAGAAGUAUAUACUGUACAUGGCAUAUUAUUUAGAGCAAUAAACUAUUGGAAUAAUGAAAAAAAAAUCCUGUCAAGAACCAAAUCAAGUUGAUUGGUUUUUAAUUCUUGGUACGCUGCAGUUUUUAAACAUCACAUAUUUUUGAUCUGCAUCUGUUUGGAAACGGCACUAACUGAUCUGAUUACUGGAACUACAGACUAAUACUAGUUCUGAUGAAGAAGUGAACACCCCCCGGCUUUUACAAUAAAGCACUUUUUCAACCCUCAUUAGACUACAGGGGCUUUUUGAACACAGGUCUGGUCUAGGGGAGAUAAUUUAGGAAAGUCUUCAAUAACUUUGACUCUAAGUCUAAUGGGGAUGAACUGGGUAAUCAUGACGGGAUUUCUGAGCUUGUCUGGUAAUUUUCUAAUUUUGCAUAAAUCAAAGUUCAACUGGAGGAGAAUUAAAAUGGUUGUAUGGAGGACUGUUAGAUUUAAAUGUAGAUCCAACUCAGGAAUAUUUUUAGUCAGAAUCAGCUGAUUUUCAUCUUUUAGAGGGAGGAAGCUCUCUGCACAUAAAAAGAAUAAUGAUAGUAUAAAAUACGAGCUCAGUGUUAAAUAUGAGCAGCAGAUUAAUAUCAGCUUCCUCUCAUUCAUUAAUCGUGUCUGUUUGUCAGGUCCAGACACGCUCAUUGAGCUGCCCAGAUAAUAUCAGCUGUUAGAGACGGGGUCUCCUGAGGGAGUUGUAGUUUUUAUGACCUGUCAGGACUACAGCUGUGAACACCGUCACCUCUAAAAUAAAAGGAUCUAACUUAACACCAUGACUGUGACUACAUACAUGAGCAUCAUUCUCCUCUUUUUAUCAGAUUCAUGAGGGUGAGUCAAAAACACCUUAUCCUGAUUAACUGAGAUUGUGGCUCAGGUAACGGGUCACUACAGGUGUGGACUAUAUGUCAGGGCUCUCUGAUCAAACAGCUGCAGCUUUACUUCACUGUUGCAUCAGCCUGUUUGUGAAGAAUCCUGUUGGUGAUUUCAACUUGAUCAUCUCGUAUAUUUUAACUCCAUAAGGGUUUACAGACUUUCCUUCACAUGUCCUGAACAGUUUUCUCUGUCUUUCUCUCAGAUCCUCCAGUCGUCCAGCAGCUGAAACGAACCGUCAAAUAUUUUCAAGACUACAGACAGGUGAGUGAGCCACAUCACACAGUCUUAUCUGACAGUGAUGCAGUAAAUAACACCUUUGUUCAGCAUGAAGUUCACGAGUUAAUUUUUGGAGACAUCCAAAAUAAAAGGAAGAUUUGCAUGAAUGAUUCAAUCAAAUAGCAGCAUAAAUGUGACAGCAUCAGCAGUUGUUCACAUCCUCAAGAGUUUCCAGUGUUUUACUUUCACUUUUUAUCUUGUUUUCUCACAGGAAACAAGUCAGUUGUUUUUGUCUUUAGCACUGAGCUGCUCACUUGAUCUUUCAGCAGACUUUUCCUCACAUGAACAUCAGUUUGAUUUCAGGUUUCUGCAGCACGGACUGCAGGUUAAACUUGUUGGUUUUCCUGUUCAGUGUUCAUUUUGUAGGUGAUUUUAUUUUAAUAAGGGCCUGUCCUGUCUUCCUAGUGGGUUUUUCUGUGCAGUAAAAUAUGCUGGCUCCAUAAAUAGAGGAAUAUUUUCAGCGUGUAUGUAAAUAUUCAGUUAUCUGGGUUUUCCCAAUCAGCUCUGACCUCUCUCAGACAAGCUGACUUCCUCCUACUCCUCACUCAUUCUGUGUGUUUGCAUGUUUGUCUACUCUUUUUAACGUCAGAUGAUCAUCGAGCCAACAAGCCCAAAGCUGCUGCCCGACCCCCUGAAGGAGCCGUACUAUCAGCCGCCCUACACGCUGGUGUUGGAGCUUACUGAUGUCCUACUACACCCGGAGUGGUCGGUAUGUCUCCUCACACGUUCUGGUCCUCAACACAAGAAGUCCCCACAAACUAUAAAAUGUGAAAAUGAUCAAAUUACUGUCACUAAAUCCAAAAAAUGUCAGAAAGAAUCCAGGGAGUGGAAAUGUAUCAGCUCGGAAAUGUCUGGAUGUCUGCACAAAUAUGCAGGAAGAGGUUAGAUUUGGUUGGUUUCAGCUGAAGACAAGUGUUCUCCUGCUGCUGUUUGUCUCUGCUGCUCCCACUGUCACUGAUCUUGGUCUUGUCCUGAGGCUAGUGAGCCUCAGAUGGAGCAAAAACUUGUCCUGAACCAAACAGACAAAGAUUUGUUCUUUUUUUGUCUGUUAGUUCAGGUUAAAUAAACACCGCUCCACCACUUUACCCUCCUGUGUUUCCUCUUCUCCUACUUUCACUCCCACUUUGCCUCCUUUCUUCACGCCUGUUAUGCUGUUAUACUGCCCGUUUAGCAGUCAGAGAUAAUCUGGAUGUACAGAUUACUGUUCAGAGACACACCUGGACUGUUAACAAACAGAAGCAGGAGGACAGACAGACGGGUAACAGGUAGAAAAGAAAAGAGCUCAAUCUGAGAGUUUGAGGCUUUUAUGGGACAGGUGGAGGGUCUGAGGUGUGUCACACCACCUGUCCACUCCCCUUCUUGUUCCCCCCCUUUACACACACACACUCACACACUGUCAGUUCACCUACCUGACAGGUGUGCAGUAGCUGUAACCCAACACCUGCCGUCUGUUAAAAAGAAGAAACAAGUACCUCCACCUGCCUCAACACUUGAACCCUGCUUCCUGUCACUUACACACGCACCCACACACAUUUUUUGAUGUAUCAUUAUCGUGUUUUACCCACUUCUUCUGUAAACACACAGUGACUCAGUUUACGGCUCUUUUGUGUUUAAAGACUUUUAUACCCAAACACAGACACCGCAGGCCCUCCUUUCAACCUGCACACACACACACACACAUUCACACACACACUCUCAACAGAAAUGCUUCAACUGUCACCAACAUUUUAUUGCUCCAAUCACAGCUGCAGAUUAUCAUCAACAAUGAAGGAAAACUUGUGUUUCUUUGUCUGCUCUCAACACAAACACACACACACACACACACACACACACAGGUUUGUUGACUGUGUGUGUUUAACUGGAGCAGCAUCCAACACGAUCUAACCUGAGUGGAAAAGGUCCUGACCUCUGAGCGUCUGACUGUGACUGAACAACGGCUGUUCAUCUACUGCACUUACACACAAACACACAAACACAGACUCAGUUACCGAGCAUGCUCUUGCUCAGAUUUCUGAAAUACCCAAGAUGGUUUUAAAAAUUUUAGAAACUUUUUUUUGGAACUAAAAAGUUCCUGUGGCUUAUCCAAGAUAGAACAUGCACAUCAGGUCAAUGACAUCCAGGACAGUUAUUUUAGAUAAUUUGCACAGCUCUAUUUUUGAGUAUCUACAUCCUGAGUUUGAGUUCCUCAAAAGGUUCCUGGGGAAAGUUCCUGCAGUCCCAAAGCUCCUUUUGAUACCCUAAAAUCAUUAUCUUGAGCCCCAUAAACCUCAGGUGUACUAAACACUCUGAAAACCUUUGUGUCACCUAAAGACUCAGCAGUGUCUUGUAUGUUGGUGCAGCUUAUAUUUCAGAUGUUAGAGUCCUUUAUCAAAGUCAGCCACACAAAGAGGAACUCAAACGUAAUAUUUUGCACAAUAAGUGAGAUAAAGCCGAUUGGAUCUUUUUUUUAAAACAGGGACAGCUGUUAGACCUCGCCCUUCAAAACCAUGAGAAUGCAUUGACAGAAGUCGUCUUUUUACCCUGCAGAACAUGGGAGUUGUCUACCUCAGUGAUAUACAAGGGAUAGUGAUAGUUAGGGGAUCAUUAUGCGCAAUAGAUUCCUGAAAGGGUGAGACUAGAAUCCAACAUUGAAGCCCCACUCUGCAUUAUCCUGCAUUUUACCCUGUUACUAAUUCAAAUUAAAAUUCAACUUUAUUUGUAUGGCACUUUUCAGACAAAAAGAAUGCAGCUCAAAUUGCCUCACAGAGGCUAAAAAACAACAAUUAACAACAAUAAAACCCAAACCUUCCACCCACACACCCAACCAUGGACCCACACACACAAAGACACACACCCACCUUCACUCACCCACACAUAUACACACAGAAGCACACACAGUGUGAGAAUUUAAGAUAUAUUGUUAGAGAGACAUGGCCUGACAUCAAGACAUUACGUGAGGAAAGAGCUACCUUUGGAAAACACUGGAGAAAAAAAAACAUUUAAAAAGGUAAAAAGAAAGACUAAAACCUACUAAUCAAAUCCAUAAGUAAAACAAUGCUAAAUAAAUAUCACAAUGCUAUGAAUUAUGGGUAACACUGCAUGCGUUUCAUGCUAAGUCUGCAGAAAUGUCCUCUUACAGAAAGGUUGCAUAAUAAAUAAAGAGGACACCUCAUGCACUAUACAGUCAGACAGUGGUACAGCCCUCAUGGACUUAGUGAUCAGGACUGUUUCCCUGCUAUAGGCUGAAAAGAUUUAGCCAUGUUUGUUUUUUCUUCUCAGUUGUCGACAGGCUGGAGAUUUAAGAAACGGCCAGGAAUCGAUUAUCUGUUCCAGCAGCUCGCUCCGCUCUACGAGAUCGUCAUCUUCACUGCAGAGACUGGCAUGGUGAGACACACACACAUGUUAGCCUGGGGUUAAUUAAUAAUAGUUGUAUUUACCACUAAAUAAGGCCUUGGAGGUUUCUCUGUCAUGCUGAUCUUGGCCACCUGCCGCAGAUCAGAUCAGAUUUAUAAUUUAAUGUUUUGGUUUGGUUUGUUUUGCUUUUGUUCCUUCACUCCUAUUUGCAGUUGUGGUGCACAAACUGCCUCAGGACAAAUUUAAAGGAUGGUUUUAAUAAUGCAGUAACAGGCUAAAAUCAUUCAGAGUGAGCCCAACCUACAGCAGAGUUUAUCUAAACAUCAGAGUCACUGAAAACUUGACUAUCAGUUCAGUUAAUGUGCAACUGCAGCCCUUUAGAGUGGGGAACAAAAGCCGGUCCACUUUACUCUCCACAUAAUCUUGAGUAUAAGAGCUGUCCUUUGUUUUCUCGUAUACCAGAGUAUUUGUUAUGACCAGUAAUUUAAAGUGUUGGUGUUUACAUGUCGUCAGUCCUCAGCCUGGUUUUUUGAGAUGCUAAAACAGUCAUCCACUCUGUUUGUGUGUGAAGUGUGUUGACAUGUUUUCAGUCGUCUGAAGGCUGAAAGCUCAAAACAGACACACAAGCCAACACAAGCUAACACAAACACUAAACACAGUCAUGAAGACAGAUUAUCUCCAAUUAAGUCACACUUUGGCAAGAACAAGUAGAAGCUGCUAAAAAAACUGUUUUUAAAAAGAAGCAAACCCUUUAGAUUCUGUUAUCGAUCAUUUAUAAAUAACAGACUCUUUAAAACACAAUGGAUGCUCAAUGACAUUUCUUCACUCUGUUCCUGUGCAUUUACAGACGGCGUAUCCUCUGAUCGACAGCAUUGACCCUCAGGGUUUCGUCAUGUACCGUCUGUUCAGAGAUGCAACUCACUACAUGGAGGGGCAUCAUGUGAAGGUAUGAGGUGUUUGUGAACAACCCCCCCUCCUCAUCUUUGUCCCUGUCCAGCUCAUGAUUUUCUGAAUAUUUGCUAAAAUUUUAAAUUCUUGAAAACAAGAGGAAAAAUAGUCCUUCUUUUUCUUCAGUGUGGCACAAUUUAGUGUUGUCAUUGCAACACAAAGAGCGGGUGAGACAGGGUAGUGUGCGGUUGUUGUUCAAUACAUGAUAAUAGAAAACCAGCAUUAUGCGAAAGAAGAUAACUUAACAGGGUUCUAAGUACGGGUCCAGUACCUCCAUCAGCACACAUGCGUACACUUUGAAGCAAAAAAUAAAAUGUUGACACUUUUUUUUGACUAGAAACUAAAAUGUUGUAACUUUUUAUUGACUAAAACUAGAAUGUUGGAAAUUUUUAUUGACUAAUCUUAUAAAGUUAGAACUUUUUAAUGACCAAAACUUAAAUUUUAAAACUUUUUAUUAACUAAACUUAUAAAGUUAUACAUUUUUAUUGACUGAGACUAAAAUGUUGGAACUUUUUAUUGACCAAAACUAAAAUGUUAGAACUUUUUAUUAACUCAAAAUGAAAUAUGACAACUUUUUAAAUAAAACUGAAUGUUGGAAAUUUUUUAUUGGCUAAAUUAAAAUAUUAGAUCUUUUUAUUGACUAAAACUAAAAUGUUUUGUACUUUUUAUUUACUAGAGCUCAAUGUUGGAUUUUUUUUAAUUAAAUAAAACCAAACGUUUGAACUUUAUAUUGACUUUAACUAAAAUUAUGGAUCUUUUUCUAAAUGUAAAAGCUGUCCAGACUGGCCCUGUUCUAAAACCCUCAGCAUUCAUCUACUUAGAUGUUUGCAGUCCUUAUUUGUGUGAUUUAUUAGCUGUUAUUUAAUUUAACUUAAGACUCAUUUACAGAUUUCCUUAAUCAAACUGUGCCAUGAACUCCACUUUUUUGAAGUUGUUCUGCAGUGCUCAGCAACACGCUGCUUACUCCUAACUCUCUCCACAGCGCCUCCAUCCUAAUUUUAAUAUAUUUAACUUUGAGCUGCUUCUCUUGUUAUAGCAGUUCCUGGACUUUAGGAUUGUUUGUUUAAUUAUAGUGUGUUCAGAAGAGAGAAGAGGAGGAAGAGGAGCAGGACAGUUUUAGCAUGAAUCCUGUAAAAUCACCUGUACGCAGCAACACUAGCAGGCCAAGGCUUUGCAGCACUGCUGUACCCCCCCGCCCUGCUCUACAUCACUGCCUUCUGCUGCUGCCAUUGAUUUCUCCUCCUCCUCCACACCACAAUAGACCUCCCCCUUCCUCUCCUCUGUCUCCCUCUCAGGCCUCAUUAACAUUCUGCCUCCUCCUUCUCUCUCUCCUCUCUCCUCUUCCUCUUAUCUCACCUCCCUUCCUCUACUUCUACCCUCCCUUGCUUCCUCAAUCCUGUCAGGACCCCCACCCACCCACCCACCCUUUUCUUCCUCCUCCUCCUUCCUUCUGUCUCCCUCCAACUGUCAUGGCUCUUUUAUUGACGAACAGUCUGGAGGUUUAAGAAGCUGGUUAACCUACUUCCCAGCAAGAAGACACACUUAUGGUCUCAUCUCCAUAACGCCAAGACAGAGCUGAAAGCAACAGAUGCUAAGAGAGAGAGUUCUGAACGCUCCAUAUGCUGAGGGAGAGUUAUUAAUGCUCCAUAUGUGCAGAGAAAGUACGGUACAAAUUAAAAAUGUAGUUUGAUUAAAGCCAUGGAUGUCCUUUUUCUGCCCUCCAUAAUCCAGAUACUGUCGCGUGUGCUUCAAUGCACAGAGAAUUAAAAAGCUUUAAGUCUGCAGCAUCCUCUCAAAACAGCCUGUAAACUCAACCUUCAUUUACACAUUCAUCACAAACUCCUUCCCUUGUGUGGAGUAAAAACAUCAACUUCAGCCUGUUUAGAAUUAUUCAAUUACACCCAUGUUGACUGAUUAAAAAAAGCCAAACAGAAAAGCCAAGGAGGUCAUAACAGCGGGCCUUUUAUUGUUACUGAGCGCUGCAUUAAGAGAAAAACCACAGCAGCUUAGAGGCGCCAUACAAGUACACAGAGAGACUAUUUCACUGUUUAUGGUUACACAACAGUCAUGGUGGACAGUCAAUAAAAAAAAAUAAUGCAUUAGCUUUAGAUUGAAGGUGUGCAAGAAGUGUGUUGCAUUAUUUAGGUCUGUGUCAGUUUUUUGAUGCACAAAAACAGGUGGUACUGGUCUGAAUGUUUCAGGGACUGUGAUAAAAACAAAAGUGGCUGUAAAAACAUUUAUGCAUGUUGUGUUGAGUUUUUAAAGCUAUGACAGUUAUACUAAACAUGCUUAUACCACAGUUUGUAGCUCUGUACUGAAACUUUGGGGUCUUUUUAGACUUGGUGUUAACACGUUCAGUGUGGGGAUACAGUUUCUAAGCAUCCUCUGUGUUAGAUAUUUAGAAAUGUCAACAAUCAACUGUUAUUUACUCAUUAAAACAAAAAAAAUACAGAAACAAUCCCGAAUGUUUGUCCCGGAAGUCCUCCAUUUCCCAUAGCAUCAACUAGGGUUUUUGCAAAGCUGCAGGUCAUAUUGAGACGUACAGAAUCUUUUAACAUGCAGCUUCUCAACAUGAAGAGCAGAAUCCUGCAGACGUAUCAUCACACAGGGCGAGGCUGAAGAGAUCUGAGCAGAACAUGUGUCAGUCUCAUAGUGUCCUGUUUUCUCCAUACGUGUUCUUGUUGAGGAAAAGAAGCGAGGAUCAUGGUCAGAGCAUGGCGAGUGCAGUCAGGUCACAGCUGGUCAGGAGGUGCCAGUUUGCAGAAAUACUGGCGUGCAGCUUUGCCAGUCUGAGAAAUUUCUCUGUGUGUCCUUUAAAAAAAGGUGCUACUUGCAGAGCAUCCUCACUGUGUGCAACACUGAAGGACGCUUCAAACUUCUGGUCAUACCUGAACAGCUCUUGAAACAGAGGUUCGUCUAUAGCACUGUAGCAGAUAAACACACAGCUGCACCCACAUUAUUCUUUGAAAACAGCAGAUUAUGUGAUGCAUGAAAACAAUACUUCUCACCGUGCUGCGUUAUUGUUUUUCAAGACACUUAAGGCUUUAGAUGACUGCUGGAGGAGCUCACUGCAAACCUUAUUUUGAAUGAUCCUGAAGAAAUGAUCUUCAGGCAGACACACAAGAGUUAACUGAGAAAAAAACGUAUUGCCUCUUAAAAGAUGCCAUUAAUCCUGUCAAAGGUGAGGGGUGUUCUUACGGGACAUUUCAUAGCUCUAUAAAUAAAUCUCACCCUGACCAUCACUAAAGUGUUUUAUGAGGCAAAAGCACAAGAAUCAAAUAUUUAUAAUGCAGUAAAAGCAUUCAGAAAAGUACGCUAAAACGUGUUAUUGAAACAAAAGCCUCCUAAUGUCUCAUUUUUGAGUCAUUAAUCUUCUGAAUCACUUUCCAAAGACCUUUUAUUGUCUGUCAGAGAAAAGGAUCAGAAACUGAUUGAGUUCAACAAGUUGUCUGACGCUCAUCUAUCAAACAUAAUCCGGAUGUUCUGUCUGAUUCUGUUGAAAGUGUAUCUCCGGUUAAGUGUCAUUAAUUCUCUAAACCCCGACCGUCAUGCAGCUAUUGUUCGCUGCCCUGCAUCUGAGCGUCGGCUGCAGCCCUGAAAUGGAUCAGACGUCUUAAAGUGUGUCGGCUGUUGCCGGGAUAAGAAACAGGACAGUUGGAUUAACUGUCCUCCUUCAUACUUGUGCUGAAGAGUAAGCUCGAGACCUCCAUCACCGCGGUUAGGGGUCCAUAUCUGGUCUGUAGGGAAUCAGUAGGUUUAAUUUAUAAAACUUUGCUUUAUGAUAUUCAGGACGGCAGUUUAUUUGGCAGAGAUGUAUAUGAGUAACGAAAUGAGUUAUAGUUAAGAAGUUCUUCCUCUCUAUCCCAAGAGUCCAUUCGAUACCUGUUUGAUCUGGGUAUGAAUCCAGCAGGUUAUAUCAAACUCUAUGCAACCAGCAGGUUUGUGAUUUUAAAGAGAUAGUUUAUUAUUUUUGAAGUGAGCUUUGAUAAGAUACAUUCGAACCAUGAGAGAUGCCACUCAGCUCAGCCCCCUUAAUGAGAAACUACUAGCAGAGACUGGACCCUUAGACCGGGUCGAGAAUCUAAAGUCAACUUUAAUGGAAUUAUUAUACAGCUAUGUGUGUGGACAGUUUAGCUGAAAACACACACAAACACACACACACACACUGGAGUGAGACAGAUGCCUUUUAUUCAUUGGAUGUGCAGAGGAAGAACGAAUGUUUCCACUGGGGUUACACACACACACACACACACACACACACACACAGACAUACAUACACACACUCAGCAGUUUUGGGGGGGAGAGCUGGGCACCAGCAGCGUCCCUCUCCAUCUGUCCCAUACACACUCUUGACAUCACCAGCUGGAGCUCACAGAGAAAGUGUGUGCGUUUUAUUUCAGCAUUAAGGAUCAUUAAGAUAAUAAAGUUGCUCAUUUGAUUAAGAUUGAAAAAGGUCAGCAUAAUCCCUCAGAUUAGAUUUCAAUGAACCAAUGAGGUGUCUUAAUUACAUUUUCAGUCAUUUUGGGGAUUAAUGUAAUUAUGUAUGUGCGUGUGUGUGUGUGUGCGUGCGUGUGUGUGUAUGUAGGAUGUGUCGUGUCUGAAUCGGGACACCAGUAAGGUGAUCGUGGUUGACUGUAAGCGGGAGGCGUUCAGGCUUCAGCCCUUUAAUGGGAUGGCUCUGAAGAAAUGGGAUGGAAACUCAGAGGACCGGACACUUUACGACCUUGCCAACUUCCUCAAGAGUAAGACACCGCCCCGCUAAGCUCACUGGUGUUUUUAUAAUCACUGUGUGUUUCAAGCUAAAGGUUUACAAAGCAAGACUCUGCUCUCCUCUCUGCAGCCAUCGCUCUCAGCGGGGUGGAGGACGUCCGCUCAGUGUUGGAGAACUAUGCCCUAGAGGACGAUCCCAUCGAGGCCUUCAAACGCAGACAGGCUCAGCUGGCACAGGUGGGUGGAGAAAUCAAACGCACCCCGACUGUGUUUGAGCCACUUUGAGUUGAUCUGACCGAUAAGGCGUUUUUCUGUGUUUCAGGAGGAGGAGCAGCGUCUGGCUGAGCUCUCCCAGCAGAAGAAACAGGGACUCUCUCUUGGCUCCAUUGCCUCUCGGUUCUGGCGCAGACAGCAGUGA